GCUCGCUGGUUUCCGCUUCCGGUGUGGCUGUGUUGGUGGUGGCCGGCGAGAGAGGAGGUUUUUGACCCUGCUUGGUACUUAAAAUCUAGGCAACCAUGGAUUUCCAGCACCGAGCCGGUGGUAAAACCGGCAGCGGCGGAGUGGCAUCUGCUUCUGAAAGCAACAGGGACAGAAGGGAACGUCUACGCCAACUAGCUUUAGAAACCAUUGACAUAAACAAGGAUCCCUAUUUUAUGAAAAACCACUUGGGUUCUUACGAAUGUAAACUAUGUCUUACCCUUCACAACAAUGAGGGUAGUUACCUGGCUCACACACAAGGAAAGAAACAUCAGACAAAUUUGGCACGUCGAGCAGCAAAAGAGGCUAAAGAAGCACCAGCACAACCCGCACCAGAAAAAGUGAAGGUUGAGGUGAAAAAAUUUGUAAAAAUUGGACGGCCAGGCUACAAAGUCACAAAACAGCGGGAUUCCGAGGCAGGCCAGCAGUCUCUUCUGUUUCAGAUUGACUAUCCAGAAAUAGCAGAAAGUAUCAUUCCUAGGCACCGUUUUAUGUCUGCUUAUGAGCAGAGAAUUGAGCCUCCGGAUAGGCGUUGGCAGUACCUGUUGAUGGCUGCUGAACCAUAUGAGACAAUUGCAUUUAAGGUCCCAAGCAGAGAAAUUGACAAGGUUGAAGGGAAAUUCUGGACCCACUGGAAUCGUGAAACCAAACAGUUCUUCUUGCAGUUCCACUUUAAGAUGGAAAAGCCUCCACCAGUACCUGCUUUGCCUCCAGCACCACCUGGCAUUAAAAGACCACCACCACCUCCAUUACUCAAUGGGAUGCCACCUCGUCCUCCAAUACCAGAAAGCAUGCCACCUCCACCUCCAGGUGGUAUGCCGCUGCCUCCUAUACCUCCUGGAGCACCUGCUCCUCCAGGUCCUCCUCCACAGCUCCCACCUGCUCCAGUGGUACCUCCUCCAGGUGUACCUCCACCUGGACCACCCCCUUCAAUGCCUCCCCCUGGUGUUCCACCUCCUGGUGUUCCUCCCCCUCCACCGAAUCCUACUGUGCCUCCACCUGGCGUGCCUCCUCCUGGUCUUCCUCCACCAGGUCUUCCUCCACCUGGUGUCCCUCCACCUCCUGCUCCAGGGGUUCCUCCACCUCCAGCACCUGGUGUCCCCCCUCCACCAGCCCCAGGCGUCCCACCGCCACCAGCACCUGGUGUACCUCCCCCAGCACCUGGCAUUCUCCCACCUGGACCAAUGCCACCGAUGUUGAGGCCCCCUCUGCCUAGUGAUGGACCUACAAAUAUCCCUCCACCCCCACCUACUAACUGAUCUCUCAUUGUUCUGAUAUUUUGGACAUUUUGUAACAUUUAUUUUAAAUCUUUAAAUAAACUGGACAGUUUGAGUAAAUUUGA